UGGAUAGCCGUUUCUUUAUGCUUCCUCUUUGCGUUAUUUCACUUUUUUUUUUACUCCCACAUCGCGAUUGCGAAAAGCAUUUCCGUUUGCAGAGAGCGAGAACCGGUUUUUGUUUAUAUUUUCGUUCGUUCCAGCGAUAGAGAUAGAGCAGCGCGCUGCCUUCCCCGUUUCUUCUCGCCUUUCCAGUGAGCGAAUGUGACGUCACGCACGGUCUUUUUCUCGGAACUCUUCAUCGAUUGGGGAUUCCGCCGGAGCCAGUCGCUUCUCUAGUCCAAUAGGAAUGCGGCUCUCUGACAUCACGCGGAAGUGACGUACCGGCAGCGCCGUUCUGAGUCACCAUUUUAUAAAACGACCGUGGGUGUUUUUGCAUGACUCAUACCCGUUCUUGUGGUCGCGUUGUGCCGCAUAGGCAGCGUGAAGCCGCUUGACCGAAGUCCAGCGGGAAUGUCGGCCAACAGAAACGGAUCGUCUGCUCGAAAUCCAGUAACCACAUCGUCGUCUGCGAUGGAUUCGAGCGCUUUCUACGAGGAGCGACGGCAAGAGCUACAACAACGUAAGCGUAGUAUGACGUUAGACCUCGAGUCUGGCGGCGGGGCGUCGUCCGAGAAGAAGUCUCGCUACUCGUCGCUGUUGACGUCCCCAGACUUGAACAUGCUGCAACUUGCUUCUCCCGAGCUGGAACGACUCAUCAUAGCGCACAACGGUUUUGUGACGACGACGCCAACCCCGACCCAGACUCAGAUGCUCUUCUCGGGGCGUAACGCCACCGAGGAACAGGAGAACUACGCUCGUGGCUUUGUGGAUGCCCUCGCCCAGCUGCACAAUGGGGGUGUUGGUCCGGACUCAGAAUCGGGAAGCGCCUCGAACGAUAGCAGUAUAGCCAGUUCUUCCAUGUUGGUGAAGGACGAGCCGCAGACGGUGCCCAGCCUCGGGGCGACGCCGCCGCUGUCUCCCAUCGACAUGAGGGACCAAGAAAGGAUUAAGUUGGAAAGGAAACGGCUUCGUAACCGCAUCGCUGCCUCCAAGUGUCGCAAACGUAAGCUGGAACGAAUUUCGCGUCUCGAGGACAAAGUGGCUGGUCUCAAAGCGGAGAAUUCGAACCUUGCCUCAGUUGUCGGGCAGCUACGCGAUCAAGUGUGCCGAUUGAAGCAAGAAGUGAUGCAGCACGUGAAACAGGGUUGCCAGAUCAUGGUCUCCAACUCUGGGUCUCGCACCGAUUACAACGGACACUCGAAGGGACUAUUUUGAACAGUCCAGCCGUGUGGUUGUGUCCAGUCACGUGCUGGAACACGUGCAUCAUCGCCCGUCAGAGGGAGUCGUCUCCCCCUGCAAAAAUGUGAUAGAUAGCCCAGCUGCUGUGUUAUAGCCCAUCGGAGCGUUGUUGUCGGGGCCCUUGACAUCACGACCUUUGCAUGAAAUGAGCAGUAUUGAGCGUCUACCCAAGUCAUUACUUUUCAUCGAGGCACCUUUGAGAGGGGUCUACUUCAUUGUGAAGAGGAGAUUUAUGUGAGUGCCAUGUUUCAUGUUGAGGAGACAUUGCGAUGCUUUAAUACCGUCGAGUGUGAUGGUUUUACACCCCAUGUACAGACAAUCACAGAGAAAAGGGGGACACAUUGAUUUAGUGCCGGAAUUUUCUGGUCACAAAUAAAUCGUGUAUAUAAAUUUCA